AUGACAUCAAAUAUAGUCGAAUCAAUAAAUGCUGCAUUGAAAGCUGCAAGAACACUGCCAAUCACUACAAUGAUGGAAGGCCUUCGAAGUUUAGUUCAAAAAUGGGUAUGGAAAAAUGGUAACGAAGCAAAUGGAACAUUCACACAAGUAACAACAGAUACUGAAACUGUCUUCCCAGUAAACAUUUUACUGUACCAAGUUGUGGUUGAAGACAAAGGAAAUUUUUUGGUCAACCUAAUGGAGAAAACAUGUGAAUGCAAAAGGUUCCAACAAGAUGAAAUACCAUGUGCACAUUCAAUAGCAGUAUUUGCCAAAACACGGCUAAAAACAUAUGAUUAUGUUGCUAAUUACUACAAAACUACAACUAUGAAAGCAACAUAUGAGUCAACUGUUCAUCCAUUCCCAAAUGAAAGCGAAUGGACACUACCAAAGACUUUAAACAAAAUUGUCCUACCACCAAAAUCAAGAAAACCACCAGACCGCCCUAGAAGGAAAAGAAUCAGAUCUAGAGGAGAACCAAAAGUGCAGAUAAAGUAUGGAAGAUGCGCGCAACCAGGACAUAAUAGAAAAACAUGCAAGAAUGAACCAAUCCCAAAGCAGCGAAACCCAACAAAGUCAAAGAAAUUAGACAAAUAA